AUGUUGGCGGCGAGGACAUUGGCUUCGUGGAGGAGGUAUGUGGCCGCGGGAUCCACGAACGAGGCGGUGAUACCGAGUGAGAUCUGGUCCGCCGCUGAUCGGAUGCCUCGCCGUGAAAUUCCCAAUUUCCGCCGGCGAUGUUGCCCUAAAACGGCCAGAGAAAAUCAGUUGGCAAUAGAUUCCCUAAUUAACCAAGUGACGGUGUGCUCUAUCGAUGUCAACGUCACUGAAGAUGGACGCGGCGGCGCCGGCACCGUCGGAGAUGGCGCAAGGGGACAGUUGCGGUGCGAAUUGUGCUGUAGACGGCAGAGACGAUUGGGGAAACUCUAUUCUCUGACAUGCUUCAAGCUGCGGACCAUGCGAGAAGGCUAUUCCGUUGACGUAAACGGCACUGAAGACGGCGGCGUCGACGCGGAUGGCAUAGCGGACGAGUGCGGCGGCGCGGUGGGUUGUGCUGUAGAUGGCACCAUAGACGAUUGGGGCAGGUUUCUUCGCAGACGAGCUCGGGCCUCCAGGCAAGCAGGUGCUUGA